AUGACUCAAAGACCUCAAAGCGCAAUCCUCUCAAAGGAAGAGCAUGCUACUCCCAACGUAUGCAAAAAUCAAAACGUGUACCAAAGUAGUGCUCAACAACUACAACGACCCUCUUCAUCGUACGGAAGAAUUCAAAGAAUUGAUACGCAUCCAUUCCUUAGAAGUAAUAAUCAUCAAUUGAAAAGACCUCCUUCAAGAAAUUCGAAAAUCCGAUCUCCAAGCCCGUCCCUAAGUAGCAAAGAAUUUCUUCGAGCACAAACCACAAACCAAGAUAAGAAGACUCUGAAACGUAUUAGGGAGUAUCAACAGUCGUAUUUACCUCCUCAUACCUGCAAUGUAUUCUAUCAGAAUGGUAGAAAUGCAGUACGAAGUAUUCAAUGCAAACGCUGCUCAAUGACAUUUUCUCAAUCUAGAUCUCAUUCAAAACCAACUUCCAAUACUCAAAAACUAUCUGAAUCGUUAAAGCCCAAAAAAGCGUCAAAAGGUCAUGAGUUUCAGUCGAAUAAGGAAAACCUGGAAAACAUAUCACUACCAUUUGUACAUGGCGAAAAUGACCACACUGAAAUGGAAGAAGCUAAAGCAUUGUUAAAGGAUAACAUCAAACAAGUACUGUAUUUCUAUAGAGACGAGCAGAAUCGUUUGUCUAAUUUUUCGAAAGGUAUUCAGACAGCUUUCAACGAAGAAUACACUCAACCAAAAUCAAAUCCCAAAGCUGCAACAAACCAAUAUGAGGAACUUUUUUGCAGAAGUAAGAGAGUGGAGCUAUUUGAUGACGAUGAAUACUUACGCUUAAUGAAGGAGUAUGGUGUUGACUGCGAACCUAGUUGCUUUCAAUUUGAGGGAUCAUCAAGAACACGCCUUUGA